GAUGACGUCCAGCACUGCAUUUCUUCCCCUACGCUUUUUCGCUUGUGCUCCAAACGGCAAGUAACUCCGACCCCGCCGCGCCAUCCCGAAUCCAGAACCCCAAGAAAACCUCUCGCCGAACUUCCGAUUGUUGUUGUUGAUUGCCCUGUCGAAGCACGCCUGUCAAUUCCCAUUCCCCUCCAAUCAGUCCUUCUUUUUCAAUCUCUCCAUCGACUCUAAUCACCAUGGCGAAGAAGGCAUUGCCCAAGGAUCAGAUCGUGAAGCUCAUCGUGGGCGCCGGUCAGGCCAGUCCCAGUCCUCCAGUUGGUCCCGCCCUGGGUAGUAAGGGUGUGAAGAGUAUGGACUUCUGUAAGGAAUUCAACGCCCGAACUGCACACAUCAACACCGGCGUCCCGAUUCCUGCGCGUGUCACUGUCCGUCCCGACCGCUCUUUCAUGUUCGACCUCCGUACUCCCACUACAACCUACCUGCUUUUGCAGGCGGCCAACAUCGAACCCCGCAAGAACCGAAUCCGUGGUGCCCAGAACCCGGGACACGAAACAAUCGGCAAGAUAUCCCUUAAGCACGUCUACGAAAUCGCCAAGAUCAAACACACCGAGACGCGACUGUCGGGUCUGAGCUUGCAAGGGUUGUGCAAGAGUGUCAUUGCCUCAGCCAAGUCCAUGGGCAUCCAGGUUGAGCCGUGAAGCUGCACAGAGCGGGCGAUCGGAGAUAUCGGUGUACUCUAUAUUGUGUCCUUACUACCGUGAGGUUACUGUCAUUUCUGUCUUGGAUUUACGAAAUUGGCGUUACGUGGAACUGGGUCUGUUACCAUUUGUAUCAUAGGCAUUGCAUGUUGUAUAGAAAGCGUUGGCUGGUGCCUGAAGCGAUCACAUGAAGUGGAUUUGACUUUUUGGAAAUAAAGGCCAUUGGAAGGUAUCGGUGGAUGUAAGAUUGCCGGAAUGGAUGGUCCUGAGAUCCAGGUGAGGUUCUGAACAGCUGCUGGUUGUCACGGCGUGUCUAUACGAAGAGCGCAAUGGAUUGGAUGGAAGCUAGACCAGC